AAAAUAUCUACAUUGGGAAUUUGCUUGUGCUUCUGUAGCAGAAAAUCAUCGAUGUGAAUACAAGAUGAACUGUAUGCCUGAUACGGCAGAUGGUCCAAGCUCCCCCUACGCUUCUUCAAGGAUAGAUUCCAAGAAUGACGCCGAAGCUCCACCACAAGAGCCCACCGAAGUUGUCCAACCAUCUAGCUCUCCCACCAUCACCCAGCAGGCCCGUUGCAUGCUAGGUCUGCGACCGCGCCUUCGUGCCCGACCUUCCCUCCUCGAUCUCGUCCGCAGACCGAACAUCGAUAACAUCUCCCAGUCGCCCCGCCGCCUAGAGUCCCUCGACCCAGACGACCGUGCGAAGCUCAUCCCGCUGCCGGCGAGCCCGCUCACAGGGCCCAAGCAAGAGCUUCUUGAUAGUCCGCCGCCUAUAUCCAUAGAGGGGGAAAAAUCAGAAGAGGAGGUAAAGAUGGCACCGGAUCAGAAGAAGGCACAAGAUGCUGAGGAGCAUCAUGGCACUGUCUUCUCAGUUUCUGGGCCUGUCAUUAUUGCAGAAAACAUGAUCGGAUGUGCCAUGUACGAGCUUGUCCGUGUCGGACACGAUCAAUUGGUCGGUGAGGUCAUUCGCAUUGAUGCAGACAAAGCCUCGAUUCAGGUCUACGAAGAGACGGCCGGCGUUACUGUCGGAGACCCUGUGUUCCGGACCGGGAAGCCUCUGUCCGUCGAGCUCGGCCCUGGCCUGCUGGAGACCAUCUAUGACGGUAUCCAGCGUCCUCUCGAGAAGAUCGCCGAAGCCGCCAACAGCAUCUACAUUCCGCGCGGUAUCAACAUUCCUGCGCUUGACCGCAAGAAGAAGUGGGAGUUCACGCCGGGCAAGUUCAAGGUCGGCGAUCACAUUACUGGAGGCGACGUGUUUGGAACCGUCUUCGAGAACAGUCUGUUCCCCCAACACAAGAUUCUGCUCCCUCCUCGCGCCCGUGGUACCAUCACGCGCCUGGCGGACAAGGGUAGCUACACCGUCGAUGAAAAGAUUCUGGAACUCGAGUUCAAUGGAACCAGGACGGAGUACAGCAUGAUGCACCCAUGGCCCGUCCGAGCCCCGCGCCCUGUUUCCGAGAAGCUCUCAUCUGAUAAACCUCUGAUUGUUGGACAACGUGUCCUGGACGCUCUCUUCCCCACUGUGCAGGGAGGCACCGUGUGCAUUCCUGGUGCUUUUGGAUGUGGCAAGACAGUCAUUAGCCAGUCGCUAUCCAAGUUCUCCAACUCGGACGUGAUUGUCUACGUUGGAUGCGGCGAGCGCGGAAACGAGAUGGCAGAGGUGUUGAAGGAUUUCCCAGAGCUAUCCAUCAACGUCGAUGGCAAGGAGGAGCCCAUCAUGAAGCGGACGACGCUCAUUGCCAAUACCUCCAACAUGCCCGUCGCCGCUCGUGAAGCCUCCAUUUACACUGGAAUUACUGUAGCUGAAUAUUUCCGCGACCAAGGCAAAAACGUAGCCAUGAUGGCAGACUCUUCUUCGCGAUGGGCAGAGGCUCUGCGUGAACUCUCCGGUCGUCUCGGAGAAAUGCCUGCUGAUCAAGGCUUCCCCGCUUACCUCGGCGCUAAGCUGGCAUCCUUCUACGAGCGCGCAGGUGCUGUGACUGCUCUGGGUAGCCCCGAGCGCCACGGCAGUGUCAGUAUCGUCGGAGCCGUCAGCCCUCCUGGAGGUGACUUCUCGGACCCGGUCACGACGAGUACACUGGGUAUUGUGCAAGUCUUUUGGGGUCUCGACAAGAAGCUUGCUCAGCGGAAACACUUCCCCUCGGUCAAUACUUCUAUGAGUUAUACCAAGUAUGCCGCUGUUCUAGAAAAGUACUACGCGGAGCACAACCCCGAGUUCCCACGGUUGCGAGACCGCAUCAAGGAGCUGCUCUCCACAUCCGAGGACCUGGACCAGGUCGUGCAGCUUGUGGGUAAAUCUGCCUUGGGCGACCCUGACAAGAUCACGCUGGAUGUGGCGUCCAUGAUCAAGGAGGACUUCCUGCAACAGAACGGUUAUUCCGACUACGACCAAUUUUGCCCGCUAUGGAAGACAGAGUGGAUGAUGAAGAACAUGAUGGCCUUCCACGACGAGGCACAGAAGGCGGUUGCGCAGGGUCACAGCUGGGGCAAGGUCCGAGACGCAACGUCAGAGAUCCAGAGCGCUCUCCGCAGUAUGAAGUUUGAGCUGCCCAGUGAAGGCGAGGAGAAGAUUACCAAGAAGUACGAGGAACUAUAUCAGAAGUUGACGGAUAAGUUCGCGUCGGUGAUGGAUGACUAGAGGAUUACGUCUGCAUAGCGAGCGUGGUUUUGAACCUGCUUUGUAUAUUGAAAUCAACUGUCGAAUGUUUGUUGCGC